UUCUGGUUCCUAAACGUCAAAUUCAGUAUUUUGAGGUUAUGCAUUGGUAAACAAUAAUAAAAAUGUACAGAAGAUUAAGAUAUUCGCAGUUAUCUGCAUUUUAUGCUAAUUAUGCAACAAAAGUAGAAAUUGAUGCAAAUAUCAGAGAUGGUUUUGAAUCACAAAGAUACAAGCCGCGGAACCAUCCUGGGAGAACUAAAGUCAAAGUCGCCACCAUACCAAUGGCUAUUCAAAAAGCAAUUAAAAUUGUUUUAGAUGAUAAUGACGCUAAAAUGUAUCUAGAAGAAAGUGAAAAAUUAGCUAAUUAUUUAAACUCCCGCCAUCUUCCACCUGAAGAUGGAGAAAUAGAUGAAAAAACUGCGAAAAUCUACAGUAGUGUCUCUCAAAAUUAUUAUUCCAAACUGAACAAAGAGUUGACUGAAGAGGAGAAAUACAAAUCCGACAAAUAUAUUCAAAGUAAAGUGUUCAAUAUAUUGAAGAAAAACGUGUAUGCCUGGGGAAAUAUAUCGUACGACAAGCCUACAUGCUUACAGUAUUUGAUAGCUAGAGCAGCGCCUGAGUAUGCUGUUCUAUUGAGAGUUCUAGAUGAAAUAAAACGGAAACUGCCCGACUAUAAGCCUAGAAGCUUCUUCGACUUUGGUUCUGGGGUAGGGACAGGCACCUGGGCUGUGAAUACCGUAUGGACUGGCGAUAUCUUCGAAUAUUUUACUGUGGAUACUUCGCAACAUAUGAACGACCUGGCGAGAUUAUUACUUUGCCACGGAAAAGAUAAUGUAGAAAUGCCGUACAAGGCUUACUUCCAACGACAGUUUCUUCCAGCAUCAUCAGAUAUUAAGUACAAUGUAGUAUUAUCAGCUUUUUCUUUCUUCGAGCUGCCAAGCAUGAAAAGUCGAUUGGAGACUAUACAGAAGUUGUGGAAUAAAACUGAAGACUUUCUCAUUAUAAUUGAACAAGGAACAAACGCUGGUUUCCGAGUAGUCAAUGAGGCUAGAGAAUUUGUUUUGAGCGUAACAGACGAGCAAAAUAAGGGCUAUGUUUUUGCUCCAUGCCCCAAUGAUCAAAUUUGUCCACGGUUCCUAGAACAGAAGACUCCAUGCAAUUUUCUGAUGAAGUAUGAGACAUUGGGUUAUCCAUCCAAAGUUGAAUUGUUUGGAGAGUUAUUUAGUUACGUAAUAUUAAGGAAAGGUGAACGGCCUGCUAAUGAUCCGCAAUGGCCUAGAGUCGUCAGAGCUCCUCUAGUAAGAUCUGGACACACAAUAUGUAGAUUGUGCACAAAGGAAGGUGAAUUGAAGGAAAUAAUAUUUUCGAAGAGUAAAUUUGACCAGACUACUUAUAGAUGUGCUAGAUCUAGCAAUUGGGGAGAUGAGUUGCCUGUUAAAUAAAUUAUGUAUCAACUGU